AAUGAGCUUGGGUGCAUUGCUGAUAAUUGAUUUGAUCUGGCCGUCUACAUAAGCAUCUUGUGAUCCAGAAGAACUACAACGAUCAGCUAUCUUGUUAUCAGUGCUGGCAGGCAGCUCACCAUGUCUACAACAAUCCCUACUGUUGCUUUCAGUGGAACAAGUAGGUAUCCAGAGGACUUACCAAGAUCUACUACAGCACCCUUCACCAGUAGCAUCACUGUAAGCCUCCCAGAAUACUACAGUUACUAUGACUACCCUGAGGAGGACUUUGGGAGGUGUGUGUAUGAGCGUUAUGGGGCCCAUUUUAUUCCCACCCUAUACGCCAGUUUCUUCCUCCUGGGCCUUCUGGGUAACUCUUUGGUCAUCUGGGUCAUUGCUUGUGGCGUGCGUCUCCGCAGCAUGACCGACGUGUGCCUCCUAAACUUGGCUGUUGCUGACCUUCUCUUGGUGUGUACCCUUCCCUUCCUAGCCCACCAAGCCCGGGACCAGUGGCUGUUUGGGGAUACUAUGUGCAAAGCGGUCCUUGGUAUUUAUAAUAUUGUUUUUUACAGUGGGAUCUUUUUCAUCACUCUAAUGAGCAUUGACCGGUACUUGGCUAUAGUACAGGCCAUUUACGCUAUGAGAGUACGGACAAGGUCCUUUGGAAUGAUUGCAGCAGCUGUUACAUGGGUGGCUGGAUUUUUGGCUUCUUUCCCUGAAAUGAUCUUCCUCAAAGAGCAGCCUGUUGUGAAUAUUAAUGGGACUCAGUUUUUCUGCUACCCUGUAUAUCCCACAGCAACUUCGAAUGACGACACCACUUCAUCCAACCCUCACAUCUGGAGCAUCUUCAGCCUUUUUAAAAUGAACUUUUUGGGUCUAUUUGUCCCGGUAGUCAUCAUGGGUUUCUGCUACUCACAGAUUGUCUGGAGGCUGCUAUACAGCCCGUCAUCCAAGAAACAAGCCAUCCGUUUAGUGCUCAUAGUGGUAGUAGUUUUCUUCUGCUGCUGGAUCCCCUACAACAUUGCAUCCUUCUUCAAAGCACUGGAGCUAUUGCACAUCUAUACAGAAUGUGAAAGCAGCAAAGCCAUCAGAUUGGCUUUACAAGUCACUGAGGCCAUUGCCUAUUCUCACAGCUGCCUCAACCCCAUCCUGUAUGUGUUUGUUGGGGAGAAGUUCAGGAGGCACCUGCUAAGGUUGAUAAACAGGGCUCCCUGCAGGCUGUGUCAGAUGGUCAAAGUCUGCAUACCCCAGGACAGAAUCAAUUGGUCAGUCUACUCACAGACCACCAGCCUGGACGAGAGGAGCACUGCUGUGUAAAGUGUGUUCCAUAGACUGUAUAAAGGUGGGUUGUUAUUUCUGUCUGUGUGGUCAUCUCCACAAUGAGGGAAUUUCUUGUGAAGUCAAAUAGUGAAGUUGAGAAACAAUUCUUGCUAAUUCUGAAUUCUUAUGGGCUAUUUUAGGACUUCAGUUCAUUUUUCACUCACAAUUGGCUUUAGGUUGAUUUUGAGUUUUGAAAAAUGUAAGAAUAUGACAAAAUACAUGGUAUGAUUAUGUAAUAGAGUAAUACAAACCGUAUAUAAAAGUAAAGGUAUAUAUAUAUCUUUAUACUUUUAUAAGUUCUAUAGACUACAUAAUAAUGUACAAUGGAAAUGUACUGUAAAUAUGGUUCCGAUAGACCAGAUCUUUAAAAGAGUUGAUGAAGCAGAUUGUACCUGCAAUUUUAAAGUAGGUCAGAAAUAGCCUUGGAAUAAAUUUUGUCUUCUCUUUUUUUAGAGAGACAAACUCAGAUGCUGACCAGUUCCUUGCAGGUCAAACACCAGUAAGAGAAGUAAAACAAAUAGCGAAACAUGGCUAAUAGAAUGGAAUAGAAUGGCUAAAUGCCACCCUAAAAGAAAGCCUUGCCAUCCCUGCUGCCACCCUAGUUGGCAGCAAAGAAUUACAGUAAAAGUUAUGGCCAAUUUGACAAUUUACGAGCGUGCGUCUCCAAUGUCCGACUGCGGUGAAUGCAGCAUAAGAUGACGCCAGAGUGGAGAGAGACUGUUUUGUUUGGAAAACGGAGUGGUGCAAAGCGAGGGAGCCAGGAGUCGCGAUGAAUGGAGACACAGGAGGAAAGAGGUCAAAACGGAUUAACCAUCUAUCAAGAAAUGAAAUUAUAACGAAAGCACAGUGCUAGCAUAGUUGCGAUGCUGAUUUUGAGAUGAUAAAAAUCAGGUUGAAGAACGUUAUUUCGCCAACUAUAGGCUACAAUGUUACUUAGGGUCUGACGUUUGUUCUGUGUAAAGUAGGCUACAAAAGCUAAUAUUGAUUCAACGUCUAUCAAGGAAAACAUUGUUACUUUUAAUCUUACAGAAAUGAAGAGGAAAGGUAGCAUAUUCAGUUUUUGUCUCUAAAGAGAAAGGCGAGAGAAAUAGAAAAUGAACAAGUGAGCAAGGUAGACGGAGAAGAUGAGGUGGAAGGAGAGAGAAAAGAGGUGGCAGGAGAGAGAGAAGAGGUGGAAGGAGAGAGAAAACGGCAACAGAAACGUGACCGAGACAGAAUACAAGGCCAAGGCGACCAGGGCCAGGAGGAGGUGGAGAACACCACAGCGGUGAAGAUAUGGAGGGAGAGCAUCGCCAAGAUGAGGAGGGAGAAAGCGAGAGACAAGAGAACGUGCAGGGCUCAGACAGUGAAAGGGAAAGCAGAGUGCCUGGGCCAUCGCCAGCCAUCUCCUGUCAAGCUGGUCCACACGGUAUGGAAAUUGUUGAUGCAUAGUAUACCAAGUUAGAUAUGAAUAAGAACAACAAAUGACAAAGCUUAAAUAUGAAUAUUUAGGGAAAGUUGUCAGUGUGAAAGUGUGAUGAGAUGGGGAGAUGAGUUUUUAUAUUUUGUGUAGAAUGUAUUUUAGAUCUAUUGCUCAGAUUAAAUAUAAAAAAUAAAUAUAAAAACAAAAAAUAAACAAAUGAACCUAAAAAUCCUCUCCCAGGCUAAAAUGUUAGUGUGUGUUAACACAGUCUGAUGGUUAUAACUAAUCAAUGACAGUUCCUAAUCUUGUACAAAUGCUGCCUGCAUCGCUGCCUCUCUGACAGUCAAAAACAGUUUGCUUGCCCUGUCACACAUCUGCCACAUCAUCUCAUCACCUGGGUCUUAACUCAAUGCCUUUCCUGUGAUAAUGCCCUUUACUUUCACACUAUCAUACUUCUUUAUCUCCCAUUAAGUGAGAUCACAUUGUACGGUCACUUAUUCCUAAUAAGAACAGUUUCAAAUGAAACCUCAAAUGCAGGACACUGAUUGCAUGAGAUAAAGUGUGUCUGUAUGAGUUUGUAAAUGGCAGCCUGUGCCCUUUUGUAGUGUGUACAUACUAUUUCUCAUCAAACUGUGAUAACUGAUUAAAUUCAGUACAUAUACGUCUGACAUAUGUUGCCACCCCUCAAAAAUUCCUGCCCCCCUCUCGCCACCCCAUGAAUAUUUUUCUAGAUCCGCCCGUUUCCAAGUAUUGCAAGUUUCAAAGCAUCGAUAACAGCAGAUGUGCACCUCACCUCAACCUAGAGAAAGCCACAACAUGUUAGAAAGCAGAAGUAUAUGUUGUCAGUUUAACAUUUGCAUUCUCUGUGAACAAAUUUGCAUUUUGCUAUCAAAUUUUGGAAAUAUCUCUGCAAAAUUUCUAAUGAGAUUAAUCAGCAUUUCACCAAAACAAGUCAUUUUCAAAUCAUUAUACUCUAUAUUCUAUCAUGCAGACUGACUAGCCAAGUGGAUAUUAUGCAUACCAUAUCCUAACUACCACAUCCUUUGUUUGAUUGAAGUUGGCUACCUUUGUUGCACGUCAUUCUCCCCCCCCACCCCUCUCAAGGCAUUUCCUUACCGUAGCCCAGAUAAUGACAAAAUGCCAAAAAAUUAUUUGGUGAAAAAAAAAACAAAAAAAAA